AUGCUAGGCAACUUGCACCAAGAGCAGCGACACUUGAUCUUCCAGCAAGUUGAGGUAGUGUUCGAAAAUAUGCACGGGGCAGGUGUCACACCCGACUCUGCCACCCCCGUGGAGCCCGGCUCGUGGAACGAGUUUAAGCUUCCAGGCUUCGUGGAGCAGGGCAGGGAUUACAGCAAGCCGCCGUCCACUGUGUACGGAAACCAGCAUGCGCCCGCCGAGGGCAGGCAGCGCAUGUUCAACUCCAGGAACAGCCGCAUACCUGGACCGGAUUGUGGUCAGCCCACCGUUCCGGGGCGCAAGGCUGGGCCCUUGGAUUGCGCGCCCCUUCCGGGCACGGCCCCGGUGCCUGCGCCGAAUGCGAAGACGUCCGCUCUGGCCAUGGGAGCGCAUGGGCACGGACCCAAGAAGGAGGAGGAGCAUCAUGGGCAUGGGCGGUCUGACAUGUACGAUGCGGUCUACCUGUCUCGCCCUGCUCACCCUCGGGCUCAAGCAGUGGAAGAGGCACCCAAGGAGAUGUGGGUGCAGCGACCCACCGUAACUGGCUGGACCAAAGUCGGAGUCCCGAGCCAGACGCAAGCGUUCCCAACAAGUCAGAAGCUCACGACCUACCACCGAACCUCUCUGGAGCCCAACCCAUCGGCCCCACAGACGCGCAGCGAAAGGCGGCUGAGGUCGGAGACGGCUCCCUGA